GUCAUUACAUGGAGAUAUUUUGUGUGGGUUAACGUAUAAAAUGUUGUACUUUUGUAGAUUUUUGUGUAUGAGUCUAUUUUUGCUGUUUUUUAUGGCGACCGCUAUUGAAAAAGAUAACCCGUUCACAUCAGUAGUCAGGGAGAGCCUGCUCAACACAGCCCGGACCUGUAUGGACAAGACGAAUACUUCGGAAGCCGACCUGGAGUAUCUAAGGAAUGACCCGCCUUAUCCUGAAAAAACGGCGUGUAUCAUCAAAUGCUUGCUGGAAAAAAUUGGUAUCGUCAAGAACAACAAAUACUUCAAACCAGGUUUCGUAACGGCUGUCACUCCACUUGUCUUCAAAAACAAGAAGAAGUUAGAGCACAUGAAGUCUGUCUCGGAAAAGUGUGAAAAAGAGGUGAAGCACAGUGGAGCAACUUCGUGCGAAUUGGGAAACGAAAUAGUUACUUGCAUCUACAAAUACGCUCCGGAGCUGCACAUGAAGGCGUAAAACGAGAAUCCUAAUUGUUUUCCAACCGAAUUCCAAGAGAUAUACCUCUUCUGUCGAUAUAAUAUUUUUGUCAUUAUUUUGAGCCAUUUACCAUGGGGCGAGCGAGUCCUAUAGAUAGCUUCGUGUGGUCUUAUAUCUAUAUUUUAUUCAAUAAAUAGAAUCAAUAACCAAUAUUUUAAAAUGUAUUAUUAAACUUAUAUAUGUUGAUUGAUUAUUUGAUAUUUCCUUUUGUAAAUCACACAUACACACACACACACACACUUCGUCUCCUAAUCGUUUUUGUGAUAACCGAAUAAAAUGUUUUGAACACCUUUUUCAUGAAAUAAACUUAAUUUAAUGAACUGUUUUCAACUAAACAGAUUUAUUAUUGAAUAUCUGAUAGAUACAUAUCUGUUAGAUUAUAUUCGAAUUACUAUGUCUAUUUGUGUAUAUACGAGUACUGUGUGUAUGCGCACACGUAGAUUAUGUAUAUGUGAAUAUGAAAAAUAUUUUCCAUACAGGUUCAAAUAAGAAACGUAUAUUUAUAAUAUUUUCAUAAGUGUUAUGAGAAAAAUAGGUUUGAAACCUCAUACUGUUACAGAAAUAAUUCUAUAAGCACAUUAAGAGUGGGUUGCACCGUCAAUUUUAUCGUUAACUUUAACGCGCGCAGAAAAACAAAAAAUCGCCAAUUAGGAUUAGGUCAAUGUUGGCUGGUAGGCUGCACAAUAAGAGUGCUAGAUUAUUGCACUAGUCAACUUUAAAGUUAACUCUAACCUGCGCAAAAAUAAGUAGACGAUUUUGUCUAUUCGUCAACGGCGUGCAGGUCAAAGUCAACGUCAAAGUUGACUGGUGCAACCAACAAUUAAUGUGUUACAUUUAAUAAUCUGUUUUUGAGUCACUCCUCAUAAGUUUCCGAAAAAGUCUGUUGUCAGCCGUAAAUCCAAAAAUUUCCUUUCACCACUUGGCAGUAUCAUUUUCAAUUAUCAGUUUUACUCAGCAGAUCCAGGAAGUUACACUUGCAAUUAGUGCCACGAGAAAUGUUUGUUUUAUUACUUGUACAAUACAAUGUGGUAACGGUGAAACGACGAUAACAUUAUUAAUUACAUAGCAGACGAGUGUCUGGAGUAAAAACGCCUUUUAAUUUGUCUUAUGACAGUACAAUUUUUCAAUUAAAUAAGAAUUAGUUUUACUAUCUUUUUGACUGAGCAACUGAGCAAGCGAAGCGAGUGAGCUUUACAAUUCGAC